AUGCUGGUCGAUUUCACGAAUGCACAGUUACCAUGGAAAGGAGUAACUAAUAUUAAAGAAGUUGGAAAAACUAAAAUGGAAUCACGUCAAGAACCUCUUCUCAGUGCGAUGAUGAAACUAUGUGCGAGAGAGGAAUAUCAGCAGGUGUUAGAGCACAUUGAUGGUCUUCAAUUCUUCGCAGAACCAAACUACGAGUUUAUUUACACAACAUUACGGAAGGCCAUGAAAAGAAAAGGAUUACAAGAAUUCCCGUAUGACUGGGAGAAAGAAUACUCAUGA